AUGUAUGCGGUUAAAUCCUCUGAGAUUGUAAAUGUUGGAGAUAAAAUACGGGUGAAAUUUAUUAUCCAAGAGAUGAAAAAUGACAGAAUAAAAGUAUGUCUCUCCAUGAAACUUGUCAACCAAGAUUUUGGAAAAGAUUUUGACUCCAACAAUGUUAUCAUUGAGCAAAAAGAGAGGCGAAGCUGGUCCUUCCAGGAUUAUACAGCACGGAUCACCCUCAAGGCUGUCCUGUACACUACUUGCAAGAAGUGUGGUUGUAAAGGCCACUUUGCAAAGGAUUGUUUUAUGCAACCAGGAGAAAGCAAAUAUUAUGUGAUACCCUAUGAAGAGGAAAAGAGCAAGGCAAAGUCAGAGUUUGAAAAACCUGACCCUACAAUGAAUUCUAGGAAGAGAAUGAAGGAAAAGAAGAAAAAGAGACAGACAGAAAAAUCAUCUGAUUUUGACAGCCCAAACUCUUGA